CAGUCAUGGCAAAUUCAUAUAGAUUUUAAAAAUAAAUGUGACAAUGAAACGCGGAUCACAAAAGCAGUAGGAGAGGAGUUUGAGUAUACUUGUUUUGAUGGCCAACAUGGUUUGGGGGAACAACAAAUUUGGUAUCAAACUAUGAACUACGGAAAGAAGUUUGAUCUAUGGUCACUAAAUUCGGCUCCGGGACAGUCGCUUACUUACAGAAGCAAAAUGUAUGGAUUCGACAAUAAUACAAUUAUGUCUUGCAUAAUGAUGAGAUAUAUAAAUCAUCCAGAACCGCAAGCUAUGGUCAAUAUUGAACAGAUAAACAAAAUGAACAUCGUGCCUAAUAAUCAGAAAGUUACAGAAAAAAUUCAUCAUUCCAUUUAUUACAUUGAUCAUAAUAAUAUCUUCACAACAAACUGCAGUGGGGAUUACUGGAUUCAUCUUAAUGAUAAAAAUGAAAUAUUAAAAACAGGAAGGAACCAUAAUUACUUUCUUAAAACUCGUAUGGUUACAAUUCAUUUAACAGAGAAUGACAAUAAUACUAUUUUAUAUUGCAUAUCUUUUUCCUGUUAUGUAAGCCGACGCGAAAGAAGGAUAUGCUCAAGAGAGAUUUUAAAUUCAUUUAUUUUCUAUUCAAAGACCGAUACUGACGUUGACAAGGUUUCAAAAUUUGGAAGGACAAUAUAUUUUAGUGGUUAUAAUAAAAAUGGUAGGGAUACUAAUGCUGUCACGGUUUAUUUAAGCAAUGGAACGAUAGCAGAUAACUCUAAUACUGAUAAUAAAAAAGAACAAAUAUUACUAAUCUGUUUAGUAAUUGUGAUCAUAUUAGUAGUGGUGUUACUGAUCGUGAUCUAUUUUCUGGUGUCGAAGAAGAAACCACGCCGGCAGCAGCCUCUGCCCUCUGACGCUGUGCAUUACUCUGUAGUGUAUGACCACUGUACAAGACAGCAACGAUAAUAUGAAUUGAGAAGAGGUUCACAAAAAAAUAACGGUUUCCUUUAUGGUCACGCAUUGUGUAACAUAAUUAUUUUACCGAAGUAUUCUUUGUAAAAAAUCGUCUGUAUUGGUACCUCUCACUAUCUUACAGCUUGCUUUAUAAGCUAUGAUUCGGUUACAGGGUGGGAUAAAAGGAUAAGACACUGAAAUUACAGGUUAAGCAUAGCAGAUAAAGACAUCUAAGUCCUUUAGAAUAGCAACGCAUUAGUGGUAUCACGGGCGUUAAGUGAUAACGUGAUGACUUCACU